AGUGUGAAAUACAUUUAUGUUUACAAAGUUAAAGCCAUGUCGGAAGAAAACAGUAAUGAUGUAAACACGGAAGAACACUUGAGUUUGGAGGACUGCAAUGCUUUGCUGCAGUUUCCGUAUCAUAAAUACACGGCUGAAGUUAAAAAAGAAAUUAAUGCUGGUAUAUCGGAUUCAAAAGUGGAAGUGCCGUCGAUUGUGAACAAUGAAAUAAAUUCAUCUGUUUCCAAGCCUGCUGAAAAGCAGGUUGUUACUGAUAACUUAAAGGAAGAUUUGAAGAGGUUUCAGGGAAAAAAUCUUGCUGUUCAAGAAAAAAUUGUUGAGGCUUUGAGUAGAAUUGAGACUACAAUGCAAAGACUUGAUACGUGUCGAAGAGAGGCGAGGACACUACAUAAGGCACUAUUAAAGGAAGAAAAGCCAGAUAAAAGCAAACGAGGAGCCUUAUUAAGACCAAUUUCUUUAUUUGCUGCUCCUUAUUUUCGGGACGUCAGAGGAAUGGUUCCACCUGAUAAUGAAGAUACCAAGGCGAAAAUGAAAAACAAUAUUAUUAAUGCCUAUUUAGUACCACCUAAGCCCUGGCUUGCACGUGAAAACAAGAUGCUUUUGCAUGGUGUUAUGUCUAAUACACUAGCUGAGAUUUUGAAACCGUAUCAGAUAAAACGAAAUUACCUCAAGGAAAAAUUAAAGGAUAAAAAUAUUUCAGAUUCAGAAAUGCAGGAAAUAAAGGAGGAGUUGAUUUCAGAAAUCGAAAUGCAGAUGAAAGAAAUCAAAAAAAUACCAGUUACAGAUUUACUUAAGAGGAGGGAAAGUGAUAUAGAUUGGAUGACUAUUUCAGCUACAUAUAUGGAAGGUAUGAGAGAUCCAGAAGAAUGCGAAAAUAUGUGGAAUAACUUCUUAAGUAAUUCUAUUAAUAAAAAACCAUUUACAGCUGCAGAAGAUGCAAAAUUAAGAGAAAUUGCUGAAAGAUAUAAUGAAUUAAAUUGGGAUAUAAUUGCCAAAGAAUUGGGGGUAUGCUGAUUUCUGUAAAUUAUAUUGUAGAUUUUAUGCUAUAAACUACUAUUUUCCAAGUGUUUUUGAGAAAUUGAAAUUCUGAUAUGUAAAUUUAACUGAUAUCUUAAACUUUGGUGCUAGUAAAGAAUAUUGUCGUAUCACUCAAUGACCUUGGUUCUCUAUCUUUUUAAAAUUGAAAAUACUAAACUCUCUCUCUCUUUUUUUUUUUUUUUUUUUGCUUGGAACAUUUACAAUUUUUUUAAAUCAAAGACGCAGUGAAAACAAUAGCAUUUGUUGCAAAAAUAAGUUCAGUAAU